AUGUACAAGAAAUGCGUUUCUAAUGUAGCAAGCAUCAUGGUGAACAUUUCUGCGAGAGGUCAACCAUUCCUUUACACAGCGGCUGUCCUCUUCAGUGGCUCGUACAAUAGAGGUUCGUUAUGCUUCUCCAGAAGUAGUUGCUGCAUCAUUCCAUCCAGUAACAAUGAACGCAAUUUCUCAGCCUUCUUACUAGCCUACUUCGGUAUUCUUUGCGCCGCUGCUGCCAAAGGCGAAGAAGAGAUGUCACAGUUGCCCAUAAUCCAGAUAUCUCGCAGAAUGAAAUGA